AUGAGUGUCACGCUGGCCGCGCCGACCCCCGCCGCGCCACCGCCGGGGCCGUCGCCCCCGGGGCCGGAUGGGCCCGGCGACAGCCCAACCACCCCGGCCGCCUCCUCGCCCCUGGGCUCGCCGCCGACGCCCGGGGAGGACGCACCGCCGCCCGCCCAUGGCCAGGAGGAUCAGCCGGGUCCGCCUGCCCCGGCUGUCGGUCAGCCCCAGCCCCAGCAGCAGUCGCACAACAGCGGGCUAAACACCUUUCUGGACAAGAUCCGCCGACCCUUUUUGACAACUUCCCCCGGGCCCGGCGCGGCCCCUUCGCCAGGCCCCGGGGGCCGGCCCCCCUCCGCCACCGAGAUCGCCGGGCCGCCUCUCUCGCCCUCGACCGGGUCCGGGGAUGAUGAGGACCCCCUGCGAGCGGUGGCCAGCGCGCCGGAUCUCCUCCGGACGCGGCAUGCUCCGGCAGCCGGGCCGCCCGGGGCCGCGAAUGCCGGCUCGGCCGACGGCAGGCCCGCCAGCGCCGGGCCCGGGUCCCACCCCCCCGAGCAGCCUACCCCCCCGGGCGGGGACGCCUACUACCUUGCCCAGUCGUCCAGCACCCUGCGCAGCCAUGAUUCCCUCUACGCGCCGUCCUUCCACCAGGAGCAGGACAGCAAUGUCAGCCAAUCGGACUGGGCCUUCUGGGCGGAAUUUGUCACGGACUUCGAUGCCAGCUACAUGGGGAAUGCGCGAGCCCUACACACGCAGCUCCUGGCCAAGGGGAUCCCCCACUCGCUGCGCGCGCACCUGUGGCCGGCCCUGGCCGGGGUGUUUGCCGCCAGCUCGGCCGUCCGGGCCUCGCUCAUCCAUAACUACCGGAUCUUGGUGGAGCUGGACACUCCCAUGCGCGACCAGAUCAACCGCGAUGUACCGCGCACCCUCACCCAGUCGGUGUCCCCCUCCCUGGCCCAAAGCAAGUCCAACAGCACCUCCCUGUCGGCGGUGCUCAAUGCCUAUGCCGUGUACGACCCGACGGUGGGCUACUGCCAGGGGCUGGCCUUCGUGGUGCACCUGCUGCUUCAGUACAUGCCGGAGGAGGAUGCCUUCGUGACGCUGGUCUUCCUGCUGGCUCCCUUCCCCCGGCGGGGGGGCCUCAGCGGGGCCCUCGCACGCGGCACCGGCCCCGGGGCCGACCCCCGAGGCGGCCUCCCAUCCCCCCCGCCCGGGGGCAUGUCCUUCCUGGAGUCGGUGAUCUCCGGCCCCGGGCACCAGUCGAGCCCGGACGAGUCGACCUCCUCCGGCCCCGGCGCCUCGUCGGCCCCCCCGCAAUUGUCAGUCCGGACGGCGAAUCUGGCCACCAUGGCGGGCCCCUCGCCCAGCGUGUCGACCCCGGGCUCGCCCGGGUCCAUCGGGCCCGGGGCCGACCACCCGGCCGCCCCGCCGGCCAUGCGACUGUCCACGGGCUCCGGGCCCGGGUCGCCGGCGGCGGCGGCGGCGGCGGCGGCGGCGGCCGACGGCACCCCCGACCCGGCGGCCACCACGUAUGUCAUCCUGGCCUGCCCGGACUCCUCGCCGUCCAGCAUCCGAAGCAUGUAUGUGCAGGACAUGGAGGGGCUCAACCUGCGCCUGGCCCUGUUGACGGUGCUGCUGCGGAAGCACGCGGACCCGGUGUACUCGCAGCUCGAGCGCAAUGUCGGCCUGCAUGUCAGCAUGUUCGCCUCGCCGUGGUUCCUGACGCUCUUCACCAUGAGCUGGCCGCCGGCCUUCUCGGCCCGGGUGAUGGAUGUCCUCCUGGCCGAGGGGGUGGCCUUCCUCUUCCGAGUGGCGGUGGCCCUGGUCCGGCGGAAUGCCAAUCGCCUGUUGCUGGCCAUCGACAGCGACAACGGCCUGGCCGAGGUGCUGGCCGUGCUGAAGUACGACUCGCCGCUGCGGGUGUUCGACCACCCGUGCGCCCUCAUCGUCGAGGCCCAGCGCCUGGCCGAUGUCAUCACCGACAAGCACCUGGCCCAGCUCCAGCGCCAGAUGGACGCCCAGGCGGUCCUGACGCCGGAUGUCCUCGGGCGCGAUGGGGCCGGCGACCCGCCCCCCGGGACCCCGGGCUCCUCGCAUGGCGGCCACGACCAUCCCCACCACCACCAUCACCACUCCUCGGGCUCGUCGGCCGGCGGCCCGGCUGGCAGUGUGUCGUCCUCUUCGCUGCCGAUCGCCGUGCCUGGCGGGUCGCCGGCCGUGCUGCCGGCCGGCGGUGGUUCGGCUCUCAGCGCCUCCUCGGUGCUGCGGUCCAUGCUGCAGCAUAGUCCCCUGCGCACGGCUCCGCAUGUGCCUCUGGCCGCGCGCAUGGGGCUCGUCGACUCGGACAGCUCGGACGCCGGGUCCGAGUCGGAGGGCGGCUCCGACGGCGAGGGGUCCUCCUCGGCCGGGGCCCGCCAGGGCCGGGCGGGCGCGCUGGUCGGUCGGCGCCGGCCUGCCGGCUUGCAGGUGCCCCGGUCGUCGGCCGGUGCCUCUGGCGAUUCGGCCUCGCCCGAUCCCUGGCAGGACAGCGGCUCGCCCGGGUCCGAUUGGGAUUACUUCGAUGCGAUGGCCAGGGCCCCGGGCGCGAUCGCAACCGCCGCCGCCGCCACCGCCGCCGUCGCCGCCACCGCCGCCGCCGCCGCCACUGGCGCCUCUUCUCCCUCCCCCUCGGCCGGGCCCGAGGAUCUUCACAUUGGUCAGCCCCAAGGCCCGGCCUUCGCGGCCUAUGUCGGUCCGAUUGGGCCUCCGCUCGAUGCGCCGGCCCUGGCUGACCCCAACCCCGGGCAGUCCUUCCGGUCCGGCAGCGGGGCGCGCUUCUUCCCCUACACGGGCUUCGGGGACCCGCCCCCGAUGCCGGCUGUCUCGCCGCCGCCGCCUCUUCCCCGGGUCUUGGACCAGGCCGCCAGUCAGCUGGCCGCAGCGGCGGCGGCGGCGGCGGCGGCGGCCGUCCCCGCCGUGGCCAUCGUCGCCACGGAGGACACGGCCGCCGCGGCCGCCACCCGGGCCGGCCCCUCGGACCUGGUCUACCCCGAGGCUCCCACCACUCCGCCCAGUGGCGGGCCGACCAGCCCGGCCUUCUCCGGGCAGGGGUCCUCCGACUCGCUGAGCCUCUGGCCCGGGUCCUCGGCGAUGGCUACCCCGUACCAGCCUCUGGCCGAGGAGGAGGGCAGUCCGGCCCCGGGGGCCGGGCUGACCACGCCCGGCCCGGCAGCCACGGCCACUUCGGCCCCGCUCUUCUCCUUCAGCCGGCUCUCCAGCUCAUCGCAGCAUUCGCCAGCCCCGGCGGCGGCGGCGUCGGCGUCGGCGGCGGCGUCGGCCGGCGCCCCAGCGCCCGGCACCGCCCCCAAUGCCGGGGCCGCCGUCCUUGCCCGGCCCCCCGCGCCGGGCUCCACCCCUGGCGGUACCCCCUCGAAGACGACCAAGAUCACGAACUUCUUGCGCAUGGCCUCGCGCUCGGCCCGGCCGGCCGGCAGCCCGGCCGAUGCGCCGGCCCCCUGCGGAUCGUGCUCCGGGGCCCGGCGGAUCGCCGAGCUGGAGGCGCUGCUCCGCGAGCGGGACCACCAUGCGGCCACCCUCCAGCGGGAUAAUGCCCUUCUCCAGUCACAGGUGGGCUUCUACAUCUCGCUGCUGAGCCAUGUGCAGGCGGCCGCCGGGCCGGGGGGGCUUCCCCUGCCGCCGGGGGAUGGCGACCCGGACGUCGCCGGGGGGACAGACUCCGGGCUGGCCCCCUCGCCGGGGCCCGCCGAGGCCGAUGCCCCGCCGGGGCCGGCCCCCGAGCCCGGCGUCCUGGCCGGCCCGUGCGACUCGCAGGCCGACCUGCCCGGGGACAGGGCUGGCGCCCCGGGCGACCGCCCCCUCGGCGGCCGGGCCGGCGGUGCGGGCGGCUCUCUGCGGUCCGACGGGUCCUCCGUCAUGUCGCUCUCUCUGUCGGACCAGAUCCAGGUCCCGGGUGCGGAGCUCCACCCGUACUUGUCCUCCCUGGACCAUCUGCCGAGCGAUGUGCACUUCCUGCGGAAUGCCCUGUACAUUGCGCGCCUCAGCUGCCUGGAGACCGAGCAGGCCCUGACCGACCAGCGGAGGGACCUGAUCGCCGCCAAGAUGCAAUAUGCCUUGGCAAUGCAGGAGCUAGAGACCAUGAAGUUGAGCCGGAACAGGCACUAGAUGGAACGCGUUUGGGCGCCGCCCUUGUCGCCCCCCUCCGCCCCCCCCUCCCCCCCCCC